AUGGUCAAGAGAGAGGUAACAACGCCAUACCCGCUUAUUGAUGCCGAUCCGUAUGCCGGACGUGUAAUUCGGUAUAUGAGACCGUCCGAUUCUGCGUACAUAGCCGGUGGAGGAGUGCUUGCUCCCGCGCUUCUAUAUGCCUAUGAACUCGCCGAUCCCACUAAAGCCGUGCGAUCCCAUUUAAAGCCAGCUUUACGGUUGACAGGUUUUCUCGGUCUCGUUGGUGGAUUCUUGUUCGCGUAUCAACGGUCGACAUUGCGCUUCUGGGGGUGGACAGAGAACAAACGGGAGCAGGAAAUGGAUUUCGCAGAAUUGAGCAAACUUGCAAGAGAAGGUAAACCGCUCUAUGGCGAAACCAAUGAAACGCCCUUUAUUCAGGGCGUUGCUUAUCGUAACUCCGUGUUCUCUCAGCUGAAAUUUGGUGCUGUUCCCUGGUUUAAUCUUGCUGUCCACCCUCAUCACGGGGUUGACACGUCAAAGUAUUACGCUAGUGCAAAGCAAGAAGUACAGCAGGAUAAGAAAAGCUCAUAG